GGUAAAGUACACGGUUCUUUGGCUCGUGCCGGUAAAGUCAAGUCUCAAACCCCCAAGGUUGCUAAGCAAGAAAAGAAGAAGCCUAAGACAGGUCGCGCAAAGAAGAGACAAAUUUACAACCGUCGUUUCGUCAAUGUCACCACUCAAAUCGGUGGUAAGCGCAGAAUGAACCCUGCUCCCACUCAAGGUCCUUAA